AUGGGCUUUCAGUCGAAGAAGUUGCUGGAGGCAUACUUCGCACGGUAUGGCAAGGUCGUGCGCGUCAUGGUACCUUAUUCGAAGUCCAAGCGUUUGGCGCGCAAUCUCCAUCCACAAGCCCGAGUUCAUCCGGGUUCAUUGGCCUUCGUUGUCAUGGCUGACGCCGAGUGCGUUGGUCGGAUCCUUGCAGCCAGCGCGGAGCACGGGGUCGAGGGCUACGCCGUGCGCGUGGAGAAGUUCCAGCAGAUGUCGGGCAUGCUCUCAGACCCGCAGUCCGAGAGCGUGGAGCACGCCUGCGUGGGCCCCCGGGAGGCCGCCUCGGCGGCCCGGGGCUACGCCGUGCGCGUCGAGAGGUUCCAGCAGAUGUCGGGCAUGCUCUCGGACCAGCAGUCCGACGGCGUCGAGCAUGUCUUCGCGGGGUGCGCUCCCGCUGCCCGGCCCCCGGGCCUCGCUCGAAGGGCCGCCGCGCCGCUGGGCCCUGCGGCGGUCGGGCCGACCGCGGGGUGGAGAUGUGCAGGCCCGCCUGCAGCGGCCCCGCCGUUCGGCUUGGGCGUGCGAGAAGCAGGCACCGCGCCCGGCUACCUCGGCGUCGGCCUCGACGAGAGCCUGCUCCACUCCCCGGCGGUCGCGGCCCAGCUGUCUGACCCGAACAGCGUCCUGUGCCGCCUGGCCUCCAUCGCGCGCGAGUGGGAGAGCGCCGCCGUGGCGAGUGGCGAGAACUGCGUCCAGGCCAUCACCGCAACGCAGGUGGCGCAGCUCCAGCUGCAGGGCCUCCUGGACCGCUGCACCCAGAACCUCAGGGCGCUGUGGCUGAACAGGGAGCACUCGCAGGGGGGAGCGCCCGUCGCCCUCGACCAGCUGGAGGGGCUGCUGGCCGAGCAGGCCUGCGCGGCGGAGGUGCCGCCCCUCCUGGGCGUCAGCGGCGCGGCCUGGCCCGGGGGCGACCCAGGACGGGCGCCCGCCGCGGUCCGGCGCCGGUGCCGGCGCCGCCGCGGGGCCGCAGCAGAGCCGGGGCCUCCAAUGGCAGCCCGGCGCGCGGCCGGAGCGCUGGCUCGCCGCCUCCGAGCAGGUCGAGUCGGAGCAGCGGUUGGGCGCGGAGGAUCGCCGAGGCGGCGCCGCCGCCCUGCCGCGCUGCCGGAGGGGCGGCGGCCGGUCGCCAGGCGCGCGCCCGCGCGGGCAGGGCGAGCGGCGAGGAGAGAGCGGCAGCAGCGGCCACGAGGAGGGGUGGCGGAGGCUGUCCCUGCACAACGGCUCUAUGGGGGACCUCUUGACAAUGCUGAACGGGGAGGACCCCCUCAAGGUGUUCAUCGUACGGGGGAUCGAUUCCCUGGGCGUCGACUCCCACGAGAUCCUAGCGUCGCACUACUGGGACUUCGGUAG